CUCAGUCUUUUUUGAAGUUAAACAACAGUUUGUUAAUGUAGUUUUGUCAGAAAAGAUUAGCCAGUUGCCUUAACAGCUGAAAGAGGAAAAACUUCUAUUCCUCCUAGAUACAGUGAUGUCACGGUGAGUUAAAGUCUGAGUGGAUGAUGCCCAAGCUCUAACAUUUCCUCAAUGUUUCACCUCAGUUAAAAAUUCAUCCGAUGACUGUUCGACUCUCAUCUAUCAAAAUGGACCUGCGCAUAACCAUUCUAACUCUAACCAUUGUUCUUUCGACUAGUGCUGAAUUUGAACAUAAAGCUUUCGAAUAUACUGCAUGCUCUGAUACGGAAGAAGAGUAUUACGUUGGAUAUGAUGAAGAGGAGGUGGGACAUGUUGACUUUAAACAGAAGAGAGGAGUAUCAACAUUACCUGACUUUGUGGGAUCUAUGACAUUUCCCGGAUUUUAUGAAAUUGGUUUUGAUGCAAUGGUACGAUGCAAACAUGACUUGCCAAUACAUAUUAGAAAUUUCAAGAGCCUGCCACGAGAAAUGGAUGCACCCAAGACUUCAGUCUAUCCAAAGGAUGAUGUUCAGCUGGGUGUUCAAAACACCCUCAUCUGUCAUGUGACUGCUUUCUAUCCUCCAUCUGUCAACAUCUCAUGGACUAAGAAUAAUGUUCAUGUAUCAGAGGGCAUGAGUUUAAGUCUGUACCGUCCAAGGAAAGAUCUUACCUUCAACAUCUUUUCCUCACUUAAGUUUACACCUGCUGAAGGAGACAUUUACAGCUGCACGGUGAACCACAAAGCCCUCCAAGGUCAACCUCAGACCAAAAUAUGGGAUGUUGAUGUUGCCCUCCCAAGUGUUGGUCCAGCUGUGUUCUGUGGAGUGGGUCUGACUAUUGGGCUGUUGGGAGUAGCUGUGGGAAUGUUCUUCCUCAUUAAAGGACACAACUGUAACUGACUAUGAAGCCAUGAAAGCAAACUUUAAAAAUAUCUAUUAAUUGUUUUUAUAACUGAGCAAUUUGAAAAAGUCAUGCACAAGUUUCAUUCUGCAUGACAGGUGACAGUUGAUGUUAAAGGUAUAUGAAUACAUUUAGAGUAAAUCAACAUUUUAUGGUCUGUCAAAUACUUCAAAACAUGAAAACCUUUGCUUUCUGUGUAACACCAAACAUGCUUAUUGUGGGGGAAAAUUUGAGUUUCUGUAUAAUUUCCAUAAGAUUUUAUGGAAAAUGCUUAUGGUUAAAUGAUUUACUUUUUCUCAGAAGUGCUUAAGUAUGCAUUCUUAGGGUGACAAGUGGAAAAACACUGAAGUGGUAAACAUGUUCCUAAUAUGGUAAAAGGACAGAGGCAAUGUGACCUUACCUUGGCGGUUAGAGAUAUGAAAGUGAGGGGAAGCUUUCGUUCUUUGUCUUACACUUUGCAGCUACUUGUGUAUCUGUUGACUGUCUGACCUUUCUUGCAAAAAUAAAACUUUAGAAAGACAA